CAUGGAUGACAAAGUUGUUCGUCGAGUUCUUGAAAUUAUUGAAGAGUUGAAGCAUCCAAACAUUAAUGAAAGUGAUAUUGAUGAGAUGCUUGAGGAAGUUCUUAAACUUCCUAAGUUCGAAGUACCCAAACUAUUGGAGAGUUUUCAAGUUUCUCUUACAGAAGUUUAUAGAAGAACGUCAACUUUAUGGAACUAUAUCGUUCAAAAGAAAGUUCACCACAGCUGGCAACUUCGAAAAGUUGCAAAAAUGCGUACUAUUUGCGUCUAUCUUUUGAAAUGGGUCAUGCCUUUAAAUUCAAACCAAUGGUACUGUAUACUUAACUUCUUGAUGAUUCUAAUGAAAUCAACGAGUACUUGGAUAGAUUUGAAAGAAUAUCGGGAAGCCAGAAAUCUCUCUAUUAUCAUAUCAAACGUACUUGAUCACUGUUCUCGAACGGAUCCUUCAUUUUCUCUCUUGAAAGAAAACUAUGAAUUUGUUACAUUCAUCAAAGCUCACUUCUUGUAUCAAAUAUAUAUUAUGAUUGGUGAGAAUCAACAAGAUGAGGCUCUUAAGAAAAUAAAUUCGUCUAUGGAUCGAUUCUCAUUCUUAAAAACAUCUGAUAUAACGCAAUUUAUUUCGAAUUGUUUCAAUACAGGAGUUCACUUACGAAAUGAUAAGAAAUUAGAUUCAGCUAUAGACUGGUUUGAGGUUGUCAUAAAUAUUCAAGUUGAAAAUUGUCCUGCUGUAGAAUCUAUAAAGAUUAAAGCGUAUCAAGCAUUGACACAAACUUUAAUGGAACGGAAAGACUCGAAUGAUAUCAAAAGUGCAGAAGACCAUUUGAAAAGAGCCGUUGAACAAUAUUCAGAUUUCAUUCUUUUUAAGAGAUAUAUUGAAAUAAAAAUACUGUUGGGAGACACAGAUGAAGAAAUUAAUAAAUACUUCAAAAAAUUGGUAAAUAGCAGAGACGCUAAUGCUAGAGAUUGCUUAGUGGUUGUUACAAUGCUGAAGAAAAGCAAUAGAGACCUUUUAAUUACAAAGCUGUUUGAACUUUUGAAGCAAAAGUUUGAUGAUCCUCUGUCGAAAUCAAAGAUAUACAUGGCUAAUAUGGAAUAUCUUCUUUCAAAAUCUGAAGAUCAAAAAGAAUUUUGCAAUUUAACGGAUAAAAUCAUUACUGAUAUGCCUGAACUUGGAGCUCAAGAGAGUACUGCAUUAAUUAACAAUUUGUUCGAAAGGGCUGUAAAAGAAAUGAGAGGAGGAAAUGAAGUGGUAGCAAUAGAACUAUUUGAAAAGUGUUUAAAAAUUAUGCGAAAAACAAAAAGUGUUACUAAUGAAGAGACAGCAAAAAUUUAUAGGAACAUCAUUUAUUGUAGUAUUGCCGCUGGAAGGGAUGAAGAGACUUUAACUUGGUCAGAGAAAGCUUUAAGCUUAAAAGAAAGCUUCUUACCAACUUGUUUUAUGAUCUAUAAAUUAUAUUUGGAUAAACAUGAUUUCACUACAGCGGAUACAUUUCUCGACAAGCUGUGCUGUGCUGCAAUUGCUGACGCUGAUGCUGUAAAAAAACUGUCCCCAGAUAGCAUUCCUUUUCAAAAAGAGAGCCAUCGAACAGAUACUCCUUAUGAUUACGUCAGCACGGCUGCCAAAUUAGCUUUCGAAGUAAAUCAAAUUGAAAUGGCAAUCAAAGCAUUUAAGUGCAUUUGUGAAUGUUCACCGUCUUCUGAUAAAGCUUUGAUGUGCUGUAAAGCGCUAUGUAGAAUUUACUGCACAACAGCCGACGAAGAAAACGUUGAAAAAGUAUACGAUGACAUAAUUAAUAUAAUAGACUUAGCACUUAAGCUGACUCUUGAAAAACCCGGCUUGGAAAAUAUGUGCGACUAUAUAAUUUGGUUUAAAAAUAUUUGCUGGAAUUUAUGUGGUCAGAAUACAUCUCCCAAAAUUAAAAAAACGCUUCUCAACAAAUACCUAAAGUUUUCCGCAUCACUUGACACAAACACCAUAGAUGAUUCGCUUGUAAAGUGUCGCGCUGUAACAGCAGAACUUUGCUUACAAAUCGCUGAAGAAUUACCAGGGGAUGAGAAGGAGAAAGCGUCUUUAUUGCAAGAGGCUAAAGAUCAUAUCGAUUAUAUCAACACAUUAAAAUCAAACGUGAAAUUCGAAAUAGACGAAAAACUCGUAUUAGCUCUGGUUUGUAUGGAACUUAAAUUGAUAGUGCUGGUGAAUGACAGAAAUUUAACUCCUAUCGUGAAAAAAAUUGAAAAUUUGGUUGAUUGCCCUUCCGAACUUUUGCUAUUCGCUUCUGUGCAUUUGGAUCGUACUCCGAUGCAGCCAGAUGUGAGGAUUUCAUUAAUGAAGCGGAUACUGAAAAAAAGUUAUCUAGUGGAAGCUAUUGAACUGGACUGUCUCAGUGCCAUCUUUAAGCUUACAAUAACGAGGUUGUUGCACUUGGGAAACUUGGCAGAUGAAAACUCCUUUGAUCUUGCUUAUAUUUCUGCUAGAGAAUUCAUAGACUUCAUCCAAACCAAAAAUAUUUCAACAAAUGCAACGGAUUAUCUUCCAUGGUUUACAAAUAAGGCUUGGAACUUAGGAGUUAUUUUAUGGAGCUAUGAAUAUUAUCACAGCGCGAACAAAUGGUGCGAACUAGCAAUUGAAACUGCUGCUUACUGCCAUGACUAUAAAGAAAGCUUUGAGAUUCAGGUUGUUUACUUAUACUCUUAUUAA